CGUGACGGCGGCGCGGGCCCGGCUCCCCGCCGGAGAUGAGGGAGGAUGUCGGUGUCGGGGCUCAAGGCUGAGCUGAAGUUCCUGGCGUCCAUCUUCGACAAGAACCACGAGCGGUUCCGCAUCGUGAGCUGGAAGCUGGACGAGCUGCACUGCCAGUUCCUGGCGCGGCCGCCGGGCAGCGCGGCCUCGGCGCUCACGCUGCACUGCAACAUCACGGAAUCUUAUCCAUCUUCUUCACCAAUAUGGUUUGUGGACUCUGAUGACCCAAAUCUGACAUCAGUUCUGGAACGUCUAGAAGAUUCUAAGAACAGCAAUUCGCUUCGUCAGCAAUUGAAGUGGUUGAUAUGUGAACUCUGCAGAUUAUAUAACCUUCCUAAGCACCUGGAUGUUGAGAUGCUAGAUCAACCAUUACCCACGGGUCAGAAUGGGACAGCAGAGGAAGUGACCUCAGAAGAGGAAGAUGAGGAAGAGAUGGCUGAAGAUAUAGAAGACUUGGAUCACUAUGAGAUGAAGGAAGAGGAGCCUAUUAGUGGAAAAAAGUCAGAGGAUGAAGGAAUUGAAAAAGAAAAUUUGGCAAUAUUAGAGAAAAUUAGGAAGACUCAAAGGCAAGACCAUCUAAAUGGCGCAGUGUCUGGGUCUGUGCAAGCUUCAGACAGGCUCAUGAAAGAGCUCAGGGACAUAUACAGGUCGCAGAGUUACAAAGCCGGGUUUUAUUCAGUGGAACUCAUAAAUGACAGUUUAUAUGACUGGCAUGUUAAACUUCAGAAGGUUGAUCCUGAUAGUCCUUUGCACAGUGAUCUUCAGAUCUUAAAAGAAAAAGAAGGCAUAGAAUAUAUUUUGCUUAACUUCUCUUUUAAGGAUAAUUUUCCAUUUGAUCCUCCAUUUGUUCGAGUGGUAUUACCUGUUCUCUCAGGGGGGUACGUAUUGGGUGGUGGCGCAUUAUGUAUGGAACUCCUCACAAAACAGGGCUGGAGCAGUGCCUACUCGAUCGAGUCGGUCAUCAUGCAGAUCAAUGCCACCCUAGUCAAAGGCAAAGCCAGAGUGCAGUUUGGAGCAAAUAAGAAUCAAUAUAAUCUAGCAAGAGCCCAACAAUCUUAUAAUUCCAUUGUACAGAUACACGAGAAAAAUGGCUGGUACACCCCUCCAAAGGAAGAUGGCUAAAUGUUGACUGUCAUAUGUUUGGACCAAUGUUGCUUUAAAGAAAAUCUUUCCACCGUGCAGACAAGCUCUGAGUGCCCCUAUAACAGCAGUACUGAAGAUGUUAGCUCAUAGAUCUUUUAGUGGAUAAUCUGUCACCUGACAUCCUGUAUAAGUUUAUAGCCUUCUCAUUUUGCUCACUUUAGGUAUCUUGGACUCAGCAAUGGGGCCUUUACUGUAUUUUUCUUGAUAAAUACACACACUGGCCACUCCUUUUCAUCUCUUUUUCUUGAAAAAUGAAAUCUCUUAAGCAGGCAAGUCAGUAUCAGGUUACUGAAGUCAGGACUUCAGGAUAACUUUUCCAUAAUAAGCUCGUGCGUUACGAGGACUUAGAGCCAGUAAAGCUUUAUUUGGUGUUUAAUAUUGGUUUAGAAAAUAUAAGGCCUUCUAAAUCACAGUAGCCUUUUCAGAUUAAAACAAUUUUAUGAUAUUGCCAAAAUAAUGACAGGAAACCUACUCAAUAAAUUGUUAAACUUUUUUAUGGCCAUGUGAAGAUAGGAGCCGUUUGCCGAAGAUAAGCCCUUAACUGAGCCGUACUGUGCUUGUUAGGCAAAGUGAAGCGCAAGUUCAGGCCAAGUAAGCAAGGAAGACUUGUAGCAGUACUUUCCACUGGGGCGUCACAGUUGUGCUGGGCUGAGUCUGUUAUUGGUUCAGUAUGUCUUCUGAAGAUCUGCACUAUAAAUCUUGAAGUUAUUUAAAAUACUAAGUCAUUUUACAUUUCCAUUUUAUUAACGGGAUGUUGCAAUCGUUUGUAAACUAAUAAAGUGAUGGGCACACAGACUCCUUGAACAAAAGCUGCACAGUUAAGUACAAAAGAUACCUAAUUUGGAGACUCUUAAAUUUUUUGCUAUAGUCAUAACAAUGGCUUUUAAUUAAAGACUAAUAGGAACUCUACACAUGUUAAUUCUUUUAUAAAACCUGACUCAAAUCAGUACACUUUCCAUUUUAUUGCCUUACCUGAAUCAGUCCUAUUAAAUUGGUAAUAGAUUUUUAUAUACCCAAGUUUGAUUUAAAAGUAACUUCUAGUUAUUAAGCACUUUUGAAAUGAAAUCCAGAAGCACAUUUUUCUGCACAAACCACUUACAGAAUUCAAAAGUGUUUCUUGUGCACUUGCUUUGAGAUUCCGUGUUUAACUUUGUAAACCACAUUGGGGAGACUUGGCACUUCUUUUGCUGUGGCCGAGAGGACAGUAGAGGAAGAUUUUCUGGCAUUCUUGUCAGCGUGGUUACAUUUGUGUACAGUUGUGAUACAGUUGCUCAGAGAAGGGACAAAGCAGGAUUCUUCAAAGCAUUACAGUUCCUUACACCUAAGGCUAAAUCUUGAAUACAUUAUUGAAUUCUUUAAUAUCCUGAUGGCCAGCAGAUUGAGAGCUGCACAUUUGGCAUGCUUUGUUGUUGUUUUUUUUU